GUAUACUUUGCAGGCUGAUUUUGCAAAACGGGAGUAAAUAUACAAAUCUUCAAUACAUGUAAAUACAAUCUGACUGAAGUAUAAAUCCAGCACGAUAACUGAAACGAUAACAUGUUUGGUAAUUAUGAUUUUUCUUCAUUAAAACGUUUCAAUACAGAAAAUAUUUUUGUAAAACAUUACAGUAUGCACCUAACUUCUAUCAUUGACAACCUUUUUGAGUUCAACAAUGCAUGAGAACCAUAGCAAUCAAACAAUAAUAUAAACAUGCUGUCGUUUAAAUUAUCGUGCGAGAGUAGUACACGAUCUUACAUGUAUACUUGCAACUCGUCGCACGAUCAAAAUAUGCGGUGAUUUGUAAACACUUUAAGUGUGUGUUUAAAGUAUUUAAAAAUAAACGGGUACAUACCUUAUGACAGUAAAGUCCUUCCACACAACGUAGCCUAUACUAGAGUUCAGUGUCACAGUUCAUGGGACGAAAAAAAUCAAGGGAAACUACCUUAAAUCUUGUUUGUCAUUAAGAAGAAAUGGGUGCUCGGCCUUCUUUUCCUAUCGUUCCGCUCCCGAGGGACAGAACUGUUAUCGUUACCGGCGGGAACACAGGUUUAGGGUACGAGAUUGCAAAAUGGUUGGCCAUGAUGGGAGCAACUGUGAUUAUAGCGUGUAGAUCGGAACAGAGGGCGCUACAGGCAAUAGAACGAAUGCAAGAAGAGUAUAGUCUGAUAAAAGAGAAGUUAAGUAGUACGCAUGAACUUAAAACUUAUGACAACCUGGCUGUCAGCCAGAUGCAGCUGGACCUGAGUUCUUUCAAAUCAACUCUGGAAUUCGUUGAAGAAUUUAAGAAAUCCGGACGGAACCUCCAUGUGCUUGUUUGUAAUGCUGGAAUCGGCAUGGCGCCUUAUGAGAAAACAGAAGAUGGAUUUGAGAAGAUGCUACAGGUGAACUACCUAAGCCACUUUCUGAUUGUGGCAAAAUUACUUCCGGUCAUGCUCAAGUCUGGCACCGAUUGUCGGAUAUUGUUUAUGUCAAGUGACGCACACAGAUCCUGCAGUUUUGAUCUUGAUACGAUGAAUUACAUGGGAAACGCUUCAAAAUUUGGGAGACUAGAUUACUAUGGACGUUCUAAACUGUAUCAGAUCAUGCAGAUGUACAGUUUGUCAAGGAGAUUGAAGGAUACAAACGUUUCUAUAAAUAGCUCACAUCCGGGUAUUGUGGACACGGAAAUCGCAAGAAAUUUUCAAGAUUCGUUUUUCUGGAAUGUCCUCUUUUUCGGAGGGUCGAAAGCUCUCGGUAAGUAAACAGUCCGUGUUGUAAGCUUAAAGACCUGCUCCAGUCCUACCUUUUAACCUUAAAUUGUCACUGAAAAAGCAUGAAAAUCCUGACUAUGAACAGUGACGCCUGUCAAAAUAGAGUCUAUUUUAUAUAAAAUUCUAUAUAAAAUACCUGUGGUUUUGCAUGCUAAAGUGUGGCGCGUGGCCGUUAACUGUUACCUAUUGUAAUCAUGGGUUGCAUACACACAAUAGAAUUUGAAUAGCCGCGGAGCAGGGCUUUAAGAAUCAAGGAAAUACUAUUUUUAUCCGAACUAUAAUGUUAUAAUGG